AUGGCCGCUCCAAGCCAGCGCCGCCGCAACCACCGGCACCUCGCAGGACGGCCAUGCCGCGGCCUUGCGCUCCAGCCCGUCUCGCAGGGCGGGGCGCACGCGGCCGGCGUCGGGGAUGGCCGCGCGGCCGCGAGGUGGGGCGGAGUGCUCGCGGCGGAGCCCGCGCUGCCGGCGUCGAGAACGGCCCGCUGCUCCGCCUCGGCCCGUCCCCGUUCGCGGAGCGGCUGCUGGACGACUUCGUCCGCCUGGUUCGCCGAUCACGCCACCACAGAGUUCGGAGUGCUCGCCCUCUCCGGCGGCACCAUCUUGGGCCUCGUCUACAAGUCCCGCAACACGGUGGCCCUCGACGUCGCCACGCAGCCCUCGUCGCCCGGCCCGCAGUUGCGCGACGCCAAGCUCCGUCCCGCCAUGCUCGCGGUGGGAGAUGACACGGUGGUCGUGAUGGACAGCAUCCUGCGCGGCGGCGACUGCUGCUGCUUCGAGGCGCUCCGCCGCGUCCCUGGAGCCGGAUGA